AACGCGGAUGUGAAUUACACUGAAUCAAAUGAACCAGAAGAUCCGGAUCCACAGCGAGAAAUAUCCGCGUAUGUCCGCAUAAUAAACCGAACACGCGUGUGUGAAGGAUGCGAGAAACCGAUAUCGUGUCCGGGGACGCCAAAUCCACCGAGCGAACAGACAGACAGGUGAGCAGACAGACAGGUAGAGCUCGCUGACACUCCUCCUCACGUGUCACUCUACCUGAGACAGGUUAUUUACUGCUUCUACACUGAAAAAUGUCAUUUUUACAGAAAAAUACUGCUACUAACAUGGAUGGCGCUGAAGAGGCGGUGGAGAGCGGGCUGAUCCUGGACGAAUCCUGCUCUGGGAUCCUGUUCGCUGGUCUGGACAGACACGCGGAGGACUGGAGCGUCGAGCCGCGCUGUAGUUUGAAUGACAGCGAAUCUGAGGAGGUUCUGAACGCCAUCAACCCAAACGAGAUGUACACGUCAGCGCUGUCCGAGAGCGACAGCGGCCUGUCUGAAGAUCAGUACUCAGACGAGCAGAACCACAGCAGCAGCCUGCAGCCGCCCGCUGUCUAUCAGGUGGUGUAUGACAUCAGCGGUGUGGGCGGAGCCAUCGCAGAGCAGCAGCCGUCACAUAUGGAUGUGAUCUCCAUAGAGCUGGACGAGUGGAGCUCUCAGAUGCUGCUGUCAGAGUCAUGUGUGGUCAACGAGCUGGUGUCGUCCGUGAAAGUGGAGAAUGUUUCUACUCAUGACAUGCAAAACAUGCACAACCCCGACAGCUUUUUGGUUUAUCCUGAACUUCAGCUCACAGAGGAGGAACAGAAGCUCCUGGAUCAGGAGGGAAUUUCACUGCCCAAUAAUCUGCCCUUAACGAAGGCCGAGGAGAGAAUCCUGAAGAAAGUGAGACGGAAAAUCCGGAACAAACUCUCGGCACAGGACAGUCGCAGGAGGAAAAAGGAGUAUAUAGACGGUCUGGAGAGCAGGGUGGCAGCGUGUUCAGCUCAGAAUAAAGAGCUUCAGAGGACCGUCACCCAGCUGGAGAAACACAACAUGUCUCUUAUGGCGCAGCUGCAUAAACUGCAGGCGUUGAUCAAGCAAACGGCCACCAAAGCGGCGCAGACGAGCACAUGCAUCAUGAUUCUCAUCUUCUCUUUGGCUCUACUCAUCUUCCCGAGUUACAGUCCGUUCAGCCGGAGUUCCCAGUCACUGGAGGACAGUUACGCUCCGUCCGGAGUCAUGUCCAGAAACAUCCUGAAUGACGCCGGCUCUCCUGCGCUCCUGGAGGACGCGGGGGAAGAUGAGCCGAUGGUUUCAGUGCCCACAGAACUCAAACUCUCAGACACAGACUGGGACUCUGACGGGCCGCAGCAGCCAGAAGAGGCUUUGAUUGGCGAGCAGAAGAACGGCACGGCUGUGACCGGAGCAGACGCAGACACGCUCUCUGUGGCUUUAACGGCUCCUGUAGCUGCAGGAAACGCAGACGCAGCCAAACCGCCACAUGCAGAUGAAAUGUGAGCGUUCCUGUUAGACGCGGGGAGAGGUUCGGCUCCGGGUGUGGCCGGCUCUGUUUGAGAAGCAUUUUUCUGAAACGUCUUUAUUUAUUCUCACUGAACUCAGACAAAGGUGUGUUUGAGCAGCCAGUUUUCUCUCGCAUCAUCAUCAUCAGAUGAUAGUCAUGUGCUUUAGUGUGUCCAGAAAUUAAUACAUAUUAAUGUUUGAUUGAGGGACAUUUCUGUUUGUACCUUACAUUUGUUUAGUACUGAUUUGGUUGUCACUUGUGCUGCUUUUUAUGGAAACUUGUUUCCGCUACAGAAUAACAAAAUAAAAGUAGGUAAUUGCAACUUUUUAUCUCACAAUUCUGACCUUUCUUCGCAAUUGCAAGUCUAUAUCUGUAUAAACUUUAUAUCUAACAAGCAUAUAUAAAAUAAAGUCAGAAUUGCAAGAUAUAAACUUCAAAUUGCAAAAAAAAAUCUGAAUUGCGAGAUAUAAACUUUGAAUUGC